AUUUUCAAAUUUCCACAAACAUUUUACAUUUUAUUUUAACAAAAUUCCCUUGCAAAUUGAGCAAUCUUUUUGGCCUGUUGGCAUUCAGAGAGAGAUAGUCAGUCGAAAUUCGAAAGCAGUAUGUGCAGUCGAACACGUUGGGGCCGCAUCGAUCCCACCGUACAGGUGAAUGUGGUGCAAGGACCCGCCAAGCGUGUGCUACAGUUGGACAAGCGAACGCUGCCGCGAUUCGUGCAGCAGCAGCUGCUGCUGAUGGCAUCGCCGUCGCCGUUCCUCAAUUUCCUAAACAAGUUUCGUCUGGAUAAGAUACUGAUCAAUCAUGAAUUCAGGGGCGUCUACACGAUGCGCACAUCGGCGACUGUCACCGAGCUGGCGGCGCACGCGUGGCGCAUCAUGAGCACCUCGGAUCGUCAGCCGUACAUUAAGUUGGCCCGCAAGGCUCAGAAGAUACAACAGUCGCGCCUGCUGCACUUCUUCUCCCAUGACGCCACUUGAAUCAGCUCAAUUUCUCGUUGUCUGCCCUUAUUCAUACAUCGUUUAUCCUUAGAUUAAAUUGUUUAUACUUGACACUAAACAAAUGUUUUU